GGAAAACACCUCGCUCAUCACGUAUACCUUUAAAUUUUACCUGACGCCAAAGACACCGUAAAAUAAAAUCGUAUCAGAACGUACGAUGCGUCAUUUCCUUUUCAAAAGUUAAAACAAACUUGUUUAUUAAUAUUUAGAACUUGUUUUUGCAUCAAUUUGAAUUGAAUAAUAAAUUGAUUUAGAAAAAUCCCUAUAAAAGAUAAAUUGACUAGAACCCAAAAUUGAUCAUUUAAAUCGUCAUAACAAUUUUAUUUGAUUUUAGUAAAAUAGAACAUGGUCAAAACGGAUUAACAAUCUUGUUUUUAAAACAGUAAAACAAUACGUUUUAUACAGAAAAUGUAAGCAUUACCUUGUAAAAUAUUUUUAUCUCCAACUAACAUUAAAGCAAAACCAACCCAAGUUGAGAUAAAUCCCAAGUAUUUAAACGAACCAGUUUGUCUAUUCCUAAAGAAUUCGCUUCAAAACAACCAAACGAUGAACAACUACAAGUUUGUUAAUCUAUUUUGUGCGUUGGUGCUUUUUUGGAGUUUUCGAAUUUCUCAUUGUGAAGUUGUUGGUAAAAAUAAAACGGCAAGACUAUUUGGAUCUUUAUUUGGUGGAGAUCCUCCGUGUACUGGUUGCCCACCGCAUUUUUGUGACGACGAUCCCGCUGUUAUCUAUGGCUAUUGUUGUGGUUGCGCCCAAUUCUAUCAAUACCUACCUAUAAGAUGUUCAUCAAGUGUUCAUUGUCCUUUAAAUGGAUAUGAACUAUGUGAGAGAUUCGAUUAUAUGAUGAGAUGUUGUUGUGGACGAUAAUGUAAAACUUAAAAUAUACUUCGAUUUGGAAUUAUCUUAUUGUAUUUGAUAUUUUUUUAAUAAAAUUAAUGCAAAAAUAAA